AUGUAAAAGCUAAUAGAUGAAUUAAACUUAACUUAAUACAAAUCAGUCGAAUAGGUUGUCAGAAUUUACACCUUCUUCAAGACUAAAGAAUUGAAUGUCUAAAUAUAAUUUACUUUUGAUGAUUUCUACUAAUGUUUGUUAAAUAAUGAAAAACCUUUUUUGAUUGAAUAUUUGGUUUGCUUAUAUUUGGAAGUACAUCUAAAUGAUAUCCAUCACCCAUAUAUUUAAUUGUUGAUAAAUCAGAAUCGAUGUGUUCGUUAAUGUUUGAUCUUCAACGAAAUGGCAAAUAUACUAAGAUUUUUGAUAGAUCAUCACAAAAUUGCAGAACCUAUUGAUAUUCCUGAUGAGCACUUUCACGAUUUGGAUUUUGAUACCAAAAUAGAGAUCUUAAUUUUUAUAGUUAAUAUAUUAGCGUUUCAAAGCAAAUGGUUUAAUGGAGUGAUUUAAAACAAAAUACAGUUGUUCUAAAAGGGUAUUGUGAAAGAAAAGAAAUAGGAGUCUAAGAAAUAAUGGUAGGAAGAACUGCAUGAACUGUAUGGUUAGCAGGAUGAAAUCAUAUCAGAGGAGCGUAAGAUCUUGAGUAGGAAACAAUUGGCCAUUUCAAAUAAGAAGAGGAUUAAGGAAAUAGAAAAGGAGAAGGAGUAAAUUGAUGAGAGGAUAAUAAAAUUAAAUAAUCUAAUUGAUAUUGACAUUAAAGAAUUAUAAAAAUUUGGAGUGAAUUCUAUGAAGAUUCUAUUGAGAGAUCAAGACUACUGUGUUUGGAUUAUUUAGGCAAUGCCCAAUUAUGUCUUAAUUAAAAUAAACAAGAAGUUCAAUUUGCUUUAUGGAGAAGAAAUACAUAAACUAAUCAACAAAAUCGAUGAUGGGCCUUUGAAAGAAUGUUUGGUAUUGGAAUCCGAAGAAUUCUGUAAUGAAAAACGAGUGUAAUCAAAAAGUAAGGAUAUUGAAUUUUAAUUGGAUCAAACUGGAUUGCAUCAAUUCAAAAAGCAAGAAGGAAAACCAGAAUACUUGAUAUUUUGCUAGGAUGUGAAUAAUUUGGAUGAAAUUCUCAUAAAAAUGAUCUUGGAAAUAGAAGAAAAAAUCACAUUAUUCUUUCGCUAAUAUCUACAGUUAAAUUGGACAUAUCCAAAGAGUAGGAAUGUCUGGAGAGAAGAAAUCAAGGAGGGGAAUAUACAAGAUUUCAUUUAUACAUUUUUAAGUAAGAUAAAUUAAUUUAGGAGUCGAUUUUAUGAAUUCGACAAUGAUGAUGAAGUUCCAGAUGAUUAUAAAGACAAAAAGAUACCGUUAUUCUACUAUUAUAAAAAUUUGAGUCAAGAUUUAUAGGAGGUGCAAAAUUGUGAUUAUGCAUAUGUUUUAAUAUUAUAUUGCAGAGUCCUGGUCCAAUAGAAUAGAAAUAUUGAGAGACAAAAGGAGAAGUUAGUUGAAUUGGCUGAGUAGGCUGAAUAACAAGAGAUAAACAACAUCAAGUCACAACAAAAAUCCAUUUAACCUGUCAAACCAAAACGAGCUUAGAGAGCGAUAAUCGAUGACGAUGACGACGAUGAAGACUUUAAUUUAAAUUCUUACUAUUAUAGAUGA